UUGUGUACAUACGUUUUUUUCUAGAGGCGGAAAUCUAUAAGAAAGAAGAAUUCGAAUACUUGGAACAGUCUCUAAAAUGGAUCGCUCUCGAAACGAUCAGCGAAGGACUGUAACGUUGAAGCCGAAAAAAGUUUCGACUGACGAAAGUCACAUUCCCAGGCCUCGUUUCAGGAGUUCCUCCAGCGAUCGAGCGGGCUCGAUUGGCAGAAAAUCAUUUUUAAAAUCUACAGGUAAAACUCCUCUACAUCUAUCGUCGACUCCAAUUACACCUUUGAGAGUUUCCACUAGACUUAAUGUACCAAGUUCAGCACGUUCAGAUGGACAUCUUGCAGCAUUAUCAACAGCCCGAUCGCCAUCCGGUGAACGUGCUAGCAAUACUGGUGCUAAGGGUCCCAGAAAGGAUACAAGGCCCUUGAGCGAUAAGAGCUACCAAAUGGAGUUGUUAAAUAAGAUAGAUAAUUUUUUUCAUGUAAAUCAGCGUUCAAACAUGCUCAACAGUAAUGGUAGUUUGAAGCCGAUUACAUUGAAUAUGUUUGUAGAGACUUCUAAUUUUCUUUUGAAAUUUUUCGACAUCAAGCAAGAACUCACAACAAAAAAUUAUAUAGAGGAGAUUCCGACAAGUGCAAAGAAGUUGCAUUAUCCUGGUAUAAUAAGCAAGUCGUGGUUAAAGACUGCCAAUGUACCACAUUCAUGGCCCAAUGUUCUCGGAUGGAUUGGCUGGCUGGUAGAAGCAUGCCAAGUGAGAGAACUCGCGCUUAAUAGAUAUCAGCUAGAAACUUUACCGUUUAUAGGAACAGAGCAACAAGCUCAAAUUAACAAAAUAGAAUUUAUAUCAUUGUUAGAAUCUUAUAAAGCUUGGAAUGAUGAGAAACUCGACGAGGAAGCAGAAUUGUUGGAGAAAUAUCAACGGGACGUUAUAACUCAAAAAGGCAUUUCCGAGGAGGAUAUAAUUCAGGCACGUAAAGAAUUGGAAGAAAAUACCUCGAAAUUACAGAUAAUAGAAGAAGAGUCACGAGAAAUGGAUGAAAUAGUUAAACAUUUGAGUGAGAAAUUAUUGUUUUUACGCGAUAAACAUGAUAAACAAUUGGACAAUAUUAAAGCUAAAGAAGAUUACAUAGAGAAGACUUCUGCUGAGACAAAUCAAUUAAAUGCAGAACGCGAUGUUUUGAAUGAGCAACUUGAAAAGGGAAAGAUACAAUACAGAGAAUUAAUAUCAAUUGUAAAGGACCAACCCAUGUCUAAAUCUGCAAAAGAAAAAAUUGUCAAAGAAUGCACGGAGAUACAAAACUAUAUACAUGGAUUCGAUGAGCAUUUGAAAGAUUAUCAAAAAGAAUUGUAUACUUUAGAUAUCAAACUCGCAUCUUUCAAUAAUGAUCUCAAUAAAGCAAUAUUGGCAUAUAAUAAAGAGAUUUUUAUGCAUACUGAUAGUGACAUUGUGAAUUUUGAUGAAUUAAAACUCCCGGAGAAAGGAUUAUUAAAUCCACAAAUAAUGGAUACUAUGAAAGAAAAAAUUGCUUUAAUGAAUACUUGCAAAGAAUUAUUGACAAAACAAUCCAUUGAAAUAGAUUCUUAUAUCUGUUCUGAGACUAUGAAAUUGGAGAAAUUGCAAGAAGAAGUUAAAUUUCUUGUGAAUGAAGAUAAAUUAAAAAAGGAGAAAGCUUGCAUUGAUAAAAUGAAGACAGAUGUGAGAAAUGAGAAAAUUGAAUUGACAAAACAGAUAGAAGUCCUGAAAAAUGAAAUUAAGGCAAUACAGGAUAUGAUGCCAGAUAUACGAACAAUAGAUCUUGAAAUAGAAGAGGCCGAAGAUAAAUUAAACGCAGUAACUAGAAGACGGAUAUUUUUAGAACAACGUGCCGAAGAGUUUUUCGGCAAAUUUUAUAAAAUAAUUGGUGAACACAGAAGCGAGCUUUAUAAUAUUUUAACAAGAAAAAAAUCCACAGAAUAAGAAAAUCUAUAUGUAAAUAUUUUUAUAAUAAUGCU